CGGGCGACGAUUGUCAACAUAAACAUGGAUUUGCAUUCAUUUGUCCGCUCCAUCAGAACCAACCACAACAACAACAACUCCAAGACCAACACAUCCGGCAAUAGUCAGCGCGAGUUUGUGUCCCAAUGUCACGCCGACAGACCCGCACGACUCGACCGACUGCUCCAACAGGAGUCGGUCACCGCUGAGGUACAGGUCCUCAACUCGUGGUCGUUGGUCCACAAGAGCCCACACAUUAAUAUCCGCAAUGAGGGACUGGUAGGCAAGCGGCGACCGGUGGCCAAGUCGACCGACUGCAUGCGCGGCCGAGUGGGCUAUACUCACGGCCUCCACGUCUGGACAAUCAAAUGGCCGGCCGAUUGUCGCGGCACUCACGCCAUGGUAGGUGUGGCCACAGAGGCCGCACCCCUUCACACCACAGGCUAUUGCUCUCUCGUGGGCUCUAACGAGGAGUCGUGGGGCUGGGAUUUGGUCCGAAACAAGUGUUACCACAACCUCAAUGAACAGACGUAUCCUAAUUGGUUGACCUCUAACGAGAUAUUCGACAUUCCCGACGAGUUUAUGGUAGUGCUGGACAUGGAUGACGGCACUCUGGGCUUCAUAGUGGACCAGAUCUAUUUGGGGGUCGCCUUCGACGGCCUGAAGGGCAAGAAGUUGUUUCCUGUGAUCAGUACUGUUUGGGGCAAUGGAGAGAUUGGCAUCAAAUACGAGUCGUGUCUCGAACCCAAUCCACUACUACUUCGCGAGUGUUGUCGUCAAGUGAUCCGCAAAUCCGUCGGAAAGCAAAGGAUUAACAGAAUUAGAUCUGAAAUAGUUUUGCCCAACAAAUUGAAGAAUUAUAUAAUUCAGUGAUAAGACUGUGAAACAAGCCAUUGGACUGAUCCAUAGGACUGAUCCAUAGGACUGAUCCAUAGGACUGAUCCAUAGGACACAUACACUACACACACCCAUGAACUCGGAGUGAGAUUAUAAUUGAUU